UACUAGUACAAAGAGCUCUUCGUUUCGAUAUAUGGAAUGCAGAAAACUUGGAAUCAUACGUUUGACAAUGAAAGAACAGCAGAAGACAAAGACGAAGGUGAAGAGAAAAAGAAGAAUCACGAUGGUGAAGAAGAAGAAGGAUAUGAGGAAUGAUGAAAUUGUUUUUCCUUUGCUAUUAGCAUCUUGUUGUUCGAAACCUCACGUGGAAAAAGCCCUAAUUAAGAAAUGUUUGAAGAAGAUGCUACUCUUUCUCCCCCAAUUGCAUUUGCCGCCAUUCCUCGCAUUGCUUCCUUCGCUUUUGAAAUCCGACUGUGCUGAAAUCGUGUGUAAAAGUUUGGACAUCGUAGGCGCUGCGUCGCUGGCAACCCUCGAGAUGAGUGAGCAGAUUGCCGCGGAGGAUGAGAUAGUAAAGAGAUUGAUCGCACUGGUGAGAAAUUCAAAAAGGGAAAUUGCGAUUGCUGCUUGCAAUGCUGUAUUGGAUUUAUCUGCGGCGUCAGCAGGAAGACUGCGGCUGCUUGAUUUCCGUGCAAUUGAGAAUUUUAUUGUAUGCUUGACACAGGGAACCAAAUCUCGAGGAGAUACAGUUGGUACUUCUGCGAAUAUGACACUGUUGAAAGAAGAUGAUCUUUCAAUAUUACUUCUUCAGGGAGCAACUGAUCUUAUUAACUCUUCUUCAAUUGAGCAGCUGCAGCUAAUACCAACAGACAUUAGUGAAACCUUUUUAGUGCAUUUAAGAGGAUUGUUGGGAGCAGUGCAUGAACAUAGGUUGCAUAGUACUUCUUCAACAUGUGAUAAGAGAAAUGAUUUUUUCGCAGGUAACAUCAGAGUAUGUAAUUUGGUUGAAAGUGUUUUCAUGCUAUCAAUCAAUCGUGGUCUGCUCCCAGAGUCCAUAUACCUCGAAUAUAUAAAGAGCGGUAUUUUCGGUUCGGGGGAAGCUAGUAUUGAGUCAUUUUUUUCCGAGGUCUGGGAGGUGUCUCCGAAGCUUUUAAGGAAUGCAUCAAAUGAUUUAUUGAGCGAGGAUAGUAUUUUCAAUCCUUUUCUGCAGUAUCAUCGUCUGAAAGAUGCAAUACCUUCUAGUCUCCCUUCCAUGCUAAAAUGCUUUACUUCCUGCCCUGCCAUUGUAGCAGAUGAGCUUGAUAUACUUCAUGUCAUCGAGGAGAUUAAAAGUCAUCUUGGUUACCCCAUUAUUUACAACCAGGAUAUCCGCGUUGUGAAAACACAGUCCGGAGAACAAGAGCUGCACUAUUUUCAAAAGCAGCCAGAGUCUCGCUGCUCCAUUUCUCCUCAUAUUUUCAGUAUUAAUGAUAUUUUGGAAUGCGAAGAGGCAUUUAAGAAGGGCUACUCAAUUGCUCUACGUGGUAUGGAAUUUCGCUGUCAAACCAUUUCUGUAAUUGCAGAUGAGUUAGCAUCUCUCUUUGGGCAGCCUUCAGCUGGUGUUAAUAUGUACUUAACUCCAUCUGAUUCACAAGGCUUGGCUCGACACAGUGAUGAUCACUGUGUCUUUGUAUGCCAACUCAUCGGUACGAAAAGAUGGAAAGUAUAUCCUCGGCCAGAUUCCAAAUUACCUCGCUUAUAUGAACCUUGCUAUAGCCUGCAUGGUUUGGAGGAUGAAGGUCAUGAGGGUCAUGAACACCAGCAGUUUGUGCUGAAAGAAGGCGACAUUUUAUAUAUUCCAAGAGGUUUUCCACAUGAGGCAAUAACCGAUGUGGACGAUGACAAUGUGGCCACCGUCAAAUUCUCCUUGCAUAUGACACUAGCCAUUGAAAUAGAGCCUCCAUUUGAGAAGAGGAGUAAAUGGUGAAACAAAGAAGGAAGCUCGGAGGGUGAAAAGCUGUCCAGAAAGCUCUCAAAAUUGGCCACCCGGCCGGGUUAAUUUUCAGCUGUAAAAUAAACCCGGCCGGGUAGUUCAUUUUAACUGCUAUAUUGCAGUUUUGUGGCGGUUUGAAAAAUGUGUAAAGGGAACGGAUGGGACGUGACAAGGGAAAGAGGGGAGAGUUGGCAGGAGGAUUAAAAAAAGAAAAAAGGUGGGGAGAGAGAGAUAGAUGUGACGUGAGGGAGCUUUAAUGAUACACCAAAAAAAUUGAGGAAAGAGGUGGCGGCGAAUUCAGAGUUUCUGCCAUCAUUCCGACGCUCCGUUUCAGAAUCUCAAUUCCACUCAACGAGAGCAAGCUUUCUACGGUUUUCAUUGCAUAUUUCACCAUGUUUUUAGUCUAAGCUCCCUAUGUUGCUCCAAGUUGUAAUCUAGGCUUGUAUGGAUGUUUUUACACCAUUAAUUUCAUAUGUUUGUGUCCAACAAUGUGCUUAAUUUUAUUCACUAUGUUUUUGGCUA